AUGGGAGAUGGCAAAGCAAUCGCUGAAGAGCUUGGCCUUUCUGUGCGAUGCAUCCCCGUUUGGCUCCCUGUCGUCUCCGUGAAUCAGUUUGCAUCUGUGGCAACUUUACAGAAGCUGUCGGCUUUGCAACCCAGCACCGUUGAUGCUGCAGAAAAGAUGAAAGCCGCUCAAGAAGUGGCCGACUCCACUACAAAGCUGCUGGUGGCAGACCGCAACACGAAGGAGCAUCGACCCAAGAUGCAGCUCGGAUUCUAUGCCUUUCAUUACAUCUAUGGAAGACGGGGCUUCGAGAUGGGACGAAGCCCGAUGUUCAGCAGCUAUGUUUUUCUGGCCACGAGGAAUGCCUCCAUCAAUUUGUGCCGCGAUGAGCUGAAUGAGUGUGCUCACGUCGUGGCUCUACAGAAGCCGCAGAAGCCCAUGGAAAACGCACGGGCAUCAGCUGACGAUGUUCUGCAGCAGCUCUUCGGCCACCACAUCCUCAUUGAGAACGGCAUGACCCCGGAGUGCGACGACCAGGUGAACUUCGACCGGGUUUGUGUGAUUAUCGGGAAGCUUUGCAGUCAGCUCCACCAGCCGCCAGACAUCGUCGGGGUUCGCAACGAGGUCGUGCAAAUUGGCAGUCGCCGCUCAACUUUGGACAACGAGGUUCUGAAAGAGCAGUUGAAUGGCUUCCUGUCCUGCUGCCACGAGCUCCAGGAGUACGCACUUUACCUUCGGAGCUUCCCGUGUCGGGCAGCCGCCUUUUGCUCAGCAGAAGCAACCCCUCAAACUCGGAAUGAGAUUCUCAAGGCUGCUCAUGAAGAGUACGAGAUGAUCAGAGAGAUCGAGGCCACAGCCUCUGGGUCCAGUGUUCUCAAGCAGCAUUCGCUGCACACCACGUUUCAGGUGUACCGGGAGAUUUUGGCCACCAUGGCAAUGCACCAGUUCAAGGAUUGCAAGGCAAUAGAGGACAUUGUGCAUGCAUGGUACCCGAAGUGGGGCCAGUCGUCCUGUUUGGAACAGGUGUUUCGAGAGCUGGAGCAAGCUACGAAACGUGUGGGCCAUGUGGAAAACUCGAUGCCGAACCUCACAUGUGUGGCUGUGAGAGCUUUGGGCAGAAGGGUUUGCGGCGGGGAUGACACUCCCUCCACGCCGUGUUUGUCCGAGAAGGAUUGGGAGGGUCAGGUGGUACGCAACCUCAAGGACAAAAUUUGGCAUCCCACUUCAGCUCCUGCCUGCAAAAACGUGCGAAUCGAUGACAUCUUGAAGCCUUUCACUACCAUGACAGCUUACUCCCAGACACACCACAACUUCAACUGUGUUUUGGGGUGGAAGGAGGCGAAAAGGAUUGGCAUGAGCCCGAUCGAUUCGAUGAGCAGUAUGUGGGUGGCUGGAUGCUUCGGGGCGGGGACGCUCUUCCGGCAUGGUGCUGUCCGUCUGAAAGAGAUUGGCUUCAAGUUCGAAGGCAAGCUGCCGCCGGAGACAGUCGACGAGAGACGGAUGCCAGUGAGAGCAAAGAAGACGACAGAGUUCAUUGAUCCGUUCGAAGACAGCCAAGACAGCACGCGAGCUCUGGCGAUGGAGAGUGGGCCGAGACACAGCUGA